ACGACAUCUUUUUAUAAGCAGGGAGUUCACUACGGAGGCCAGUCAACGAAAGAAGUAAUUACUAAUUACCGGGAUUGUUAGUGGAAAGAGUGGACAUCUUCACAUGCCACAUUAGAAUUUGGGUUGUCUGGCCGUAGUUUUAAGUGUUCAGUGUACUAUAGAUUGAUGGUCUGAGUGGUAUAUUGUGUAAUAAACCAUUUAAUCGAUACCAGGCCUACUGAAAAUGGCUAAAGUGUUUGGGCCUGCCGAGGCCAUCAAAUCGGUCGUUCGCGACCCGAAAUCAAAUAAACCCUGCCCUAGCACAAAGAAAGGUUCACGCUCAAAACAGCCUGUUAACAUUCUCUGCAAAGUUUAUGAUGCACAGAGAACUGGUAAAGGUGUCAACUGCAUCAGUAUGAUACCCAAAGAAAUUCUAAAUGACUGUGACAGAAGAAUUGGCAUUGAGGUAUCUGAAGACAUUGCUACUACUGUGCAUGAUCUGGCAAAUGUUGUUGAAAAUGUUUUUAGUAAGAACUCUAGAUCGCAAUCACAACGCAAUACUGAAAUUAGGAAAGGCAUUCAUGUUUUAAAGGACAUUGUAGAUCUGCUUAAUGUUGAAGGUUUUCAAGAUGCAUUGGGAUGCUUCAAAGAGAAUAAAGUUGUAAAUGCUGAAAUGUUUGACUUGUUUGGUGGUGUACAGAUUGUUGUUGACAUCCUACUUAGAAUGCAAAGUAAUCCUGUGAGCAAAAGAGCCAAAGAGGCUGAUUGGAGGCAUGUUUGCUUAGAUACACUUCAUCACAUGUGUCUGACACUUCACAUCGAAAUAGCAAUACCAUUAUCUAAGCAGGACGACUUAAUCUUUUACCUAUUCUCUCUAAUGGCGGAGAAGACUUGUUUUCUACGAGCCGCCACCUUGUUGGAAGAUGUACUUGGUGUACGCAAGACUAUGUUUAAGUUAGAAAAAAUACCAAAUUUACACAAAUUAGUAGAGAGUUUUGAUGAGGAACAGAUGGCCAAUUUCUGUCGCGUGCUUUCAAUUGCAAUGUCAGAUCUUGACCCAGGCGAUGAUGGCAACACUCUUCAAGAGCAGGACCAGGCCAUUCGCAGGAAAACUGGCGUACCUGUCUCAGAAACGAAUCAAGGAAUACUGAUUGAGCUUCCUCAUUUUAUUAAGAAAAUUGUCCGUAUAGCUGUAAAAGAAAUAGGUGGUUCAGUGGCACCCACAUUACCCGAGGUAUUCAGUGAGCUUGAAGGAUGGGUGACAUGGUUAGACAGUUCACUAGCGUUCGACCCCCUCAUGGAUGUUGACAGCGAGACAGAGGGUGCCAUGAUGGACCCGUUUAUGGAUUUUCAGUCGCUUGCGUUGCCUCAGUCCAUCAAGACCAUGCAUGAACUUGUUUAUAAGGUGGAGGUAUUAUAUGUACUAUGCCUGCUACUUAGUGGAAAGCAAAGGAAUAGGGUUCACGGAGAGGUAUCCACACACAAACUUAUGCCAGGAUUGAACCGUCUAUUUGACCGUGUCAUCUGGCGGUGCAACUUGCGGCCGUACCCUCAUGCCAGGCAUUCUGAGAACUGCGAAUGCAGUCCAGAAGUAGCGCUCAAGAUUCAGUUCUUACGCCUUAUACACACCUAUUGUGACCAUCAUCAUAACAAAUACUUGAUAAUGACUCGAUCAGAGAUUCAUGAAAUCACAAAGUUAUCAUGCAGCAUUGGCGUACCAGUGGCAGAUGAAGUCAAGAACAUAAACAAGUCAUUGCUAUGUACAGGGAAGAAAGGACUGUUAACCAAGGUGAUAGAGGCAAUGAAAAGGGCAUCUACAGAGUCCAACUUUAGGUUCUGGCUAGGAAGAGCUGUAGAGAGCUUUUUAAGAGGCAAGACCUCAGUAGUUGACCAGACAUUCAUACUACGGAAGAAACUUCUAGAGCAUUUAGUACGUCAUAUGAUAGAUAACGAUAUUAAAUCAAAGGAAAUUUUACAGAGCAGCUUUGACCUUUUAGCAGAGUUAAUGAAAUUCAACCACAAAGCCUUUGAACGAUUCGAGAGAUGUACAUCAGAUGACGGGCUAACUAGAUUCAUGUCAAUGGUGAACAACAACCUUGUGGACUCCAACAUGUUCAUUAGAUGUCUACUGCUAACGCUCGAGAAGAUUGAACGCGAGGAUGUGCAAUAUUUGGAAUUUGCCCUGACGAAAUCCCGCCUCCUGAUGCACAUCCACGACAGAAAGACACGAGUAGGGUUUCUGCAAAGGCUGAUCAACAUAAUUCAUGUAGAAAUCCUUACACAGGAAAAUGUGAGUUGUCUGAAUACCACAAUCAUUCUGCUGAUGUUCGCACAUCGAUCAGGGGAACUUGCCACUUAUCUGGGCAUGCUCAGAGAGGAGGAACAGAAUAACUGUCGCCCUGGUUUCAUCCUCCAUAAUUUCAGGCAAUUGUUAUUUUUCUGGCAAGAACACUACCUCCAUAAAGACAAGGAUUGCUCAGCCCUUGAAAAGAGCUCCAAUAUCAGCUUUUCUGUUUGGAAGGAAAUGGUGUCAAGUUUAACAAGUAACGACACCACAUCGCCAAAUACCUUAGCAUACUAUCUAAAAAAAGACAACCUAUUGGAUGACGAUCUAACCAUUGACAUGGAAUAAACACUAUUUCAGUGUCUUGAUUAAAGACACCAACCAAUGAGGAGAAACAACAGCAAAGAUUUUAAGCAUUAAGUGAAGACAUUUGAUUGGCUAAAAUAUCUAACAGUAUUUACUUGUGCUUGAAGUCAUCCUAUCACAAGUACCAACAGAGAAAUUUAUGAGUAGUUUUGUGUAAUUGAAAUUGGUACAGUUAUUGAGAAGUUUAUAUUGGUUGGGUACCUGUCUGAGAGGAUAUUGUAUAAUAAUAAAGUAUUGAAUUAUUUGAUUACUUAUUACUCUGAAUUAACUUUAAAAUAUCUUGUUAAUUUAGGUGCCCAGUAACUUUGCCUAUAAAGUUGAGGCGAGCAUGCGAUUUAGACAACGUUUUAAAUUUGUAGUGAAAAGUUGAUGCUGCCUGUCUGAAAUGAAUUCAAGUAAAAUUUUAAAAAUCUACAUAAUGUAAUAUAAUAAAAUUUCUAAUAAAGUUGUAUAGCUCAAGGUAUUGCCAAAGAAAAUCUUCAACUGGUAAUAAAUUAAAAUUAAUUAAAUAUUGUAUAUGAUAAUUUGCAUAAUGUUAACACACACAUGUAGAGGUUGACAGUUAAUAAAAUGAAGAGAAAAUAACAUUCCUUUCUUCAUUAUGUAAAGAACAAGUAGUCAGAAUGUAUAAACUAAAAGUAUAUAAGGUUGUUUUGAUUGGGAUAUAUAUUUUUCAUGAUGUAUUAGACAUUUUAAGCUUAAUCAAAUAUGACGUUGCCAGUGGAGUGGGAAUUGUGACCGGGGAAAAGGUCAAACUAUGACCUAAGAAAACCACUCAACUCGAGCAUUUUUUAAUAGAACAUUUUAAAUAGUACAACACCGUUUACAUGUUUAAUGCCUAUUAUCACAACAUUGCCUACCUCUAGGAAUAUAUUAGCUUUGAUUUUAUUCUUGCAUUACAAAUUAGUUUUGUUCUGUUUUAUUUCUGAAUUUGUAAAAAUUGGUUGAUUUUAUUUACUCUUAAUGAAUUUUCAAAUACAAUAUUUUUUUAGUUUAUACUAUUUUUGUUGUGCAUAAUCUGUAUAAGUAAUGUCUGCAAAUUUCAUGAUAUUUAGCUUAUUAAUUUUAAUACUUUAUUUUAUGUUGUAAAUAUAAGAUAUUUCUUGGUCUUUGAAUUUUACUGAUUUUAUUGAUUUUUUUUAUUGGAAUUAUUUCAAACAUCUUCACAGCAAAACAUCCUGAUAUAAAACAUCUUGAGCACUUGUAUGUGACUUUGUUGUAAGGUAGUUUGAAAAUGUUAACAACUCAAUUUAUGUGGCCCAUAGUCAUGAAUUUCAUUGUUACUGUAAUUAUUGUCUUGUCUUCCAUUAUGUUUAUGUUUGUAACUGUGAUUAUUAUGCUUCAGUUUACAAUACCAUUGGUUUAAUUGAUAUGCUGUUUAAUGUGUAGACAAACUACCACUGUUCAUUUUUUUAUUAUUCAUUUAUAUUUAUGAUCAAUGUUUGAACAACUUGGCAACAAAUGUUUGCUUUUUUAUGUGAAUAAAACCUGCAUACUUAAUAUGUAA